AGUAUGAACCCUAGCAUUUCCAACACUCACCCCCUGCUGGGUUCUACUAGCACCACUUAUCCCUCAUCGAGAGGGUCUGUGGCCGGAGGUCGCCAGAUCACCCGAAAUCGCGCAAGCUAUAGCUGCCACACCUGCCGGCGCCGAAAGGUCAAAUGUGAUAAAACACAUCCGAUCUGCGGAAAUUGCGUGAAGAACAACACCGAGUGCAUAUAUGAUGUAUCGUCGCAAAAGGAUGAGGAGGUGCGCGAGGAACCCUCCCAGCCAGCGCAUGGCAUCAAGAGAAGGCGCAAGACUCCCCGCCCAUUGGAGGAAGAUGUGGACGAACUCCAAUCGAUAUACGGUCACAUGAGGCAGGCGGACCCCGAGACAGGCGAGAAGCCCGACACGGGCGCAAUUGAAUCACGGCUGGACAAAUUGAUGUUAAUGAUUGAACGUCUCGGGGGAAAAAACCAGGCACGCGAUGUGGUGGGGACGCAAGGGACGACCCCGGACACCAAAGUGGAGCCUCGGCAGUUGGAUGACCUUCGGCAACAUAAUCAGUUGAAUGGGAACGGAACCGCGAAAAGAGCCCCCAGUCCACGUCGAGUGGCUGCGGAUUCGAGUGGCGAUGAGUUUCCGAUACCCUCUGGUCGGGCCACGGACUUGGUGGAUCCAGUUGGUACCCUGAACCUUGGGCAUUUGAGCUUGGAGGAUGGCGGGAGGUCACGAUAUGUUGGAACCACGUAUUGGGCGUAUAUCUCCGACGAGAUCAACGAACUAAAUCAACUGCUCAGAGAUCAAAGCCAUUCGCACGAACAGUCAGGGCUGAGUAAGACCCAUGAUGAAUCAACAAAUCCACACUCCAGCGAGGCACAAUCUUGGGGAGAAUCACUAGAAAGCCCGACGCCCUCGACCGUGUCCAGAUCUCGUUCGUUCCGCCAUUCAAUAGUCUUCCCCUCGGGUGAUUCGCCCACUUCGAAUGAGAAAGAAGUGGAACCUGAAAUGCUCGACCACAUUCCAACUCGACGCCAGAGCCAUAUCUUGUACAAAGGGUUCAUGUCUGGCGUGCAUGCUAUCAGCCCGGUUAUCCACCCACCGACUAUCCUCAAGUUGUACAACUCCUUUUGGGACUGGUUCGACUACAACAGUUACUCAGGCGAAUCUUACCCCAACCCGUCAUUUAUCCCAUUAUUAUACGCCAUUUGGUAUGGCGGGUCGGUCACCAUCUCAAUCCGGACUAUCAAAGCCGAGUUCAAUUCCUGCUCACGUUCCGCGUUAUCAACAACGUACAGCGAAGAGGUCACAAGGUGGUUGACCAAAAUUAAAUUCCCGCGCAGCCCGACCCCUCAAGGACUUGCCGCUUAUCUCAUUGUACAAACAAUUGUCUCCAAAGAGGAAGAACCUUUGACGAGCAGUCUUUUCGUCAGUCUGGCGAUGAGAGUUGCACAAACUAUGGGUCUACAUCGAGAUCCAGCCAAGUUUGGCAUAGAGCCAUGCGAAGCAGAGUAUCGGCGUCGCUUGUGGUGGCAUAUCAUGCACAUGGACGGUGUGAUUGCUAUGUCCAGUGGCUUGCCUCCAAUGGUACCCGACGAGACCUAUUCAGAUGUGUGCGAGACCAGCGAACUGAAAGAUACGUUGCUUGGUACCCAGGCAGCUGCAAAGUACCAACAGCAAUUGGCCUCUCAAGGCCGAUUGCCCGACAACCCGGAUGAUCCAAACAUUUGCGGUGGGCCAUCCAUGGUCAACGUUUACUACUUGACCGCGAGAGGAAAAUACAUUAUGGCGCGUGCUGUUCGCCGGAUUCUGAAAAUCCAACUGGGCACGAAGCCUCUCACCCGACAGGACAUGGAGGAGCUUCGGUCUAUACUCCUCGAACUGCAAGUAAAACUUAAUUCCAUAAUAAACAGAAUACCCGAGAGCGAAAACACUUCAACCCCAUGCUCUGCGGCAGGAAGAGCCAUGUCCAUGUCCAAAUCCCCUGUGGAUGCCCGUUCUUCCGACAUCGAACUCCCAGGGGACGGUCCGACUGGAUGCCCGGAGCAAUACCACUCACCGGUUCUUGUUUGCUUCCACAAAUGGGCCAAAAUUAUUCUAUCUUUGUAUAUUGACAAGGCAUUCUGUGUUGCCUACCAACCAUUCCUCAAAAAUGCGCGCAGUCGGAUCUGGCCUGCAGCACGGCAAAGUGCGCUUCGCCAUUGUCAUGGGUUCAUGAAGAAGUUCAUCCAACUUGCAACUGAUCCUGACUUCCAGCCCUUCCAUUGGAGUUGGCCAGGCAACCACCAGCCAAUGCAUGCUACAAUGAUAAUGCUCAUUGAUCUUUACGAGCGACCGUACAGCCCCGAGGCAUCCAAAUCGCGGGCCUUCAUCGACCGCAUUCUUGCACUCUCUGGUCCAGAUGGCGGCGUUGUGGGUGGUGAGGAUGGUAUCUCCACACAACGACCGCUGAAGGACGGUGGGCGUGAAGCGUGGGAUAUGAUCCGCCGCCUUCGUCAAAAGGCCUGGCAAAAGGCUGGCCUCAAUCCUCGCAUGCUCUGGACUGAGAAGGACCAGAUCCAUGCAGGCAUUGCCUCCCCGGGUGUCCAGCGUGCCGAUGACGGCUCUUCCUCUGACGUCGCAGAUUUAGGGUCUCUGGAUAGCCCGGCCAGUGAUCCCAAACCUUACGAUUUCAACAAGAGGUUCUACAACAUUACUCGCUCUCAUACAUUCCUGAACCGCACCACUCCGCCCUCUACCAAAAGCUCGCCUCAAGAUCAAUAUCCUUCCGAGAAACAUGUUCUGCCAACCCUCUCAAAUUCACAAUUCGACCCUCUGACAGGUGCCGCCACCGACAAACCCCCUCCCUUGGAACCCGCUCCGCUAAACCAACAUCACAUGGCGGGGUUGGAUGCACCUGCCAGCAUUCCUUUCCUGGAUCCCGCUUCUCCUAACCCCUUGACCAUGAGCGUUCCAACUCCUCCCAGCAUGGUCGAUCCUAACUUCAAUUUCGAUUGGGAUCAAUGGGAUGCUGUAUUUGGACAGCACCUCCCCGUGUCUGAUGAUCUCAUGGAAUUAGAUCCUGUUGCUGGUCUUGACUUUGCGAAUAUCGUGACAGCCUCUGCCAGUCAAGAGGCGCUUGGUGUCAUCCCACCUGGUGUCUAUCCAUCUGACCAUCCAAGAUCAUCUCCACGCGAUCCAACACGUGUUCCCAAUAUGGGAAAUUGGCCGGCGAAUUAUUAG